AUGGACGCAUCACGAUCGUCAUCACGUCCUCGCCCCUCGUCCAGACCCACAACUCCCCUACGUCCCAGCUCGCGCUCAUCACUACGAGAGGCUCACGGUUAUGGCAGCAGCAUCGGCAACUCAGGAUACACACAACCCGCCAUCAAUGCCUUGGAACCACAAUUCGCCGAGCUGGCUGACUCCAUGGCUGACCUAGAAGCCAACUUCAUGCACCUACAAUUGAUGCACGAGAGCCUGACGCGCUUCAGCGAGAGCUUCGCCAGUUUCCUAUACGGGUUGAACAUGAAUGCUUUCUGUGUGGAUUUCCCAGAGGCACCGAUCGGAGAUUCAUUCAGGAAAGCUAGACAGGAUGAGGAGGAACAAAGAGAAAAGGAGGAGGAAGCAGAGCCAACGCGACCGGAUGAUGGUGAAAUGACUUUUAUGACUACGGACACAACAUUUGUCGAGAAUCCCCCAAGUACAGCCUCCAAGCCGACAUCGAGGUAUGCUGCAGGUUCGCGCGCAUCGUCACGAGGGACUGCCCGCGGUGCGGCGACUAGUCGAUACACUACGCGAGGGACUGCUCGCGGCGGCCGAACAAGUGGAUUGCCCAGAGGCCGAGGUACAGGAACCCGGUAA